UCCCUCUAUCCCCGCGCUUCCGCUUCCGGCGCCGUCCCUUCCUUUCCGCCGCGGCGCUGCACGAGGUGUUCCAGGCGGUGCCCGUGCGUCAGCGGCGAGCCGGACAGGAUGCAGAACGACGCCGGGGAGUUUGUGGACCUCUAUGUCCCUCGGAAAUGCUCUGCUAGCAACCGAAUAAUUGGUGCUAAGGAUCAUGCUUCGAUUCAGAUAAAUAUUUCUGAGGUUGACAAGGUAACAGGCAGAGUAAAUGGCCAGUUCAAAACAUAUGCCAUUUGUGGACCAAUUCGUAGAAUGGGUGAAUCUGAUGACUCCAUUCUGCGUCUGGCAAAAAAUGAUGGAAUUGUUUCCAAGAACUUCUAACUGAAGGAACUCCGGUAUGAAAUAUCUGAUGUAAAAUAAACAGUUCGAACCUA